AUGAAAGAUGAGUUGGAUGCUCUUGAGCUGAACAAAACUUGGCGUCUUGUUGAUUGCCCUGCAGGGGUUAAGCCGGUUGGCUGUAAAUGGGGUAACCGGAUGCUGACCUGUGAUCACCCUGUCCCUCCGGAUCGGUACAACGAGAGGGUGGAUGAGCAUUUACGAUCUACCAGUUUUUACCAUGUCGCCCAGAUUGGAGUUGUUCAAUGUCAGAAAACACUGGUAAAUGCUUUAGUGGAAAGGUGGCACCCGGACACUCAUACCUUUCACCUUCCGGUUGGUGAAUGUGCCGUGACACUGGAAGACGUGGCUAUGAUCUUCGGUCUUCCGACCGAUGGUCUUCCAGUGACAGGUAUGACUUUGAGUAGUUUUGAAGCCUUAGAGGCGGAGUGUCUGCACCAAUUUGGGGUCACACCGAGAAAGUUGGAUUAUCGAGGAAGCGGCAUAAAACUUACGUGGCUACGGAAUUUAAAAGAACGGUUACAGUUGACUGAUGAAAAUAGUAUACAUGUGUACGUUAAGUGCCACAUCAUGUUGUUGAUCGGUACGAUCUUUUUUGGAGACAAGUCUGGGGCAUCUGUCCACUGGAAGUUUCUGCCUCUGCUCAGUGAUUUUGCUAGUAUUGGAUAG